AUGGCAGCGCCCGCUGCCAGAAAGCUGGCGAAGGAUAUCGAGGUCGUCCUGAAGAAGGGCGCCGAGGGAGUGGAGGAAUUCGCGGAGUUGUGGGAUGAGAUCAUCAGCGCGCAGGGAUCACAGAAGGAGAGGUUGGGAGAGGAGUUGAAGAAGUGCAUCAACAAGUUGCAGAGACUCAGAUCUCAGAUGCGAGAAUGGCUCGGGUCCAGCCAAGUGCCGUCCAAUUUAAAGGAUAAGCUCGAGGAGGGCCGGAAGCGGAUAGAGAGCGACAUGGCCAGAUUUAAAGACUUUGAGAGGGAAUUCAAGACCAAGGCUUUCUCCUGCACCGGCCUUGCCAAGACAGAUGAGCUGGACCUAGAAGAGGCGGAGAAGCUGAAGUAUCAGGACUGGCUAGCUCAGACAAUCCAUGCUCUCAAAGACCAGUUGGACCACUUUGAGGCCGACACAGAGAUGCUGCAGAGCAAGAAGUCUCUCAGCUCCAACGAGUCCUCGCGGCUACAGAGGCUGCGGACCGCACAGGAGAGCUCCCGAUGGCACAUCAAGAAGCUCGAGCAGCUUCUGAGGGCCGUGAACAACGACGCAGUGGACAUUAGUGACCUCGCCGUUGUCCGGGACAGCGUGGAUUUAUAUGUGGAUGCAGGAGAAGACUCCGAGCUUGCCCACGACGAUCAGCUUUACGACAUGUUCGACCUCACAGAGUUCGAAGAGAAGGCUACGCCGAUCGUGAGACGAGACAGUGACCCCAAGGACGAUGCGGCUGGCAGUAGAGAGGAGUCGCACAAGAAGACCAAGGAGAAGGAGAAGAAGAAGAAGGAGGAGAAGAAGGAGAAGGCGAAGAAUGACAAGAAGGUCAUCUCCAAGGCCGGUGCCAUGGUAAAAACCAUCACCGAGCACACCGGCAACACCGUGGAGCUCAAACCGGCGGAGAUGAGCGAGACCAAAGUGCAAGAGGACCAGCUUCUGACAGAGAGGGAGGAGUUCAUUUGCAAGAUCUGCCAGACGCAUGUGGUGAGCUGCGGUCCCAAGCUUACCAGUUGUUCCCAUCUCUUCUGCGGGGACUGCAUCGCUGAGUGGUUCAACCAGCAUCCGGACACCCAGACUUGGGCACAAAGGGCCAAGUCGGCAGGCCCUGAUCGGUGUGUGCCUUGCCCGGUGUGCAAGAAGAAGCUGAAUGAGAACCAGGACCUUUGCCCGGUCUGCCCCAGCGGUGAGGGUGAGAAUGUCUUGCUGUGGAGGAUGAUCUCUGGGCUGAAAGUCAUUUGCCAGAACAAUCCCAAGCUUCGGACUGACGGUCACUGCGACUGGAUAGGUGAGUAUGGCACAUUCCAGAAGCAUUUCGAGUCAUGCAAGAAUGUCCCACUGGAAGCUCCGGUGGAGGCCAAGGUGACCGAAAAGCCAACUCCGGUUCCUACCAAACAGGCAAAGGCCGCUCCCACGCCUAAGCAGACGCCAAAGGCAAAGACCCCAGCGCCAGCCCCCACGGUGCCCGCGCACGCGGUGGCUGCGCCUUCCCUACCGGCAGCGCCCACGGCACCGCCACAGGUGCCAGCAGAUCAGGCGGUGAGAGCGCAGCCCCAGCCAACGGCGCCUCCGGCGCCUGCGGCUGCAGCGCCGGCGGCGCCUGCGGCGCCAGCACCUGCACCAGCGCCCUUCGUUCCCCAGCCGGUGCCAGCUCCGGCGGUUCCCAUGCCUGCGCCUGCUCAGCCUGCGCCCACCACACAGCCCCAGCCCCAGCCGGAGGUGAGAAAGAGACCUGAGGAGGUGAACCCCGACAGAGACGCCAGAGACGAGGGGUAUAGAGGACAUGCUGUGGGAAACUUUGAGGCCACUGGCCCCACCAUGGUGCCAGUGCGGCUGGGUGAGCUUGUCGAGAUCUUGGAAACUCAUCCCACAGGAUGGAGCUUUGCCAAGAACAUUACCACCAACAGCCACCCUGGAUGGGUUCCUUCCUGGAUUGUGCCGGAAGCUCCGACCCCGACCGUGGCUACAGCAGUUCCUGCACCGGUGCUUGCGCCGGUGCUUGCGCCAGCUCCCAAGGUCACGGUGGAGGUUCAGGUGCAGCCGCCUGAGCGUCAGGAGUGGUCGGCGCGAGACCGGGAGAGGGAGGCUCAGCGGCAAGAAGCUCAGCUGAUGAGGGCCUUGCAGGCCUUCACUUCUGGAAGUGACUCGCAGAUGUCUUUGAACGCCUCGGACGUGGUGCAGAUUGUGGAGCGCCACAGCUCGGGGUGGACUUUUGGUCGGAAGUUGAUCUCAGGCUUCGUGCUUGGCGUGGCCAAGACAGGUGAGAUGGAACACCUGCACAAGUUCUGGCCGGAGAAGCAACCGCUGGAGUCUGUGCGGGCGCUGCCCAAAGUGGAACUGCACGCCCACCUCAGUGGAUCCAUUACUCAGCAGAAGCUGUCGGAGCUUUUGGAGCGCAAAGGCAAGGGCAGCUUCACGGCAUUCGAUUGUCGAGCAGACCUUGCCAAUGCGCUGGAGAAGUGUUUCGACUACUUUGCCAAGGUGGCGAGUGUAGUCACCGACCUGGAGACGCUGAAGGAGAGCACGUUGCAUGUGUUGGAAACCUUCGCGGCAGAGCGAUGUAUCUACCUGGAGCUGCGGACCUCUCCCAAGCAGUUCAAGGUUGUCGACGGCGGCGACGAGUGCUUCACCACAAAGAUGCAGUACUUGCAGACAGUGCGAGAUGCAAUCCAAGAGUUCCACUCAGAGGCCCUGGCGAAAUUCGGCUUUGUCAUGGAGGUAAAGGUGCUUCUCAGCCUGGACCGGGGGAAGGUGACCUGCAAAGAGUCUGCUUUGGCUCAGAUCGAUGAUGUUCUGCAUCUUUGCAAGGAGCAUGCGGACUUGGUGGUGGGCAUCGACGUUUGUGGCAACCCCUCGAAGCCCAGCGUGACGCCCUACCUGUUGCCAGCUUUGCUGGAGAGGAAGGCCGCCUUCCGAAAUCUGCCAAUUACCUUUCACACUGCGGAAAUCCAAGAUGAUGAGGAGAGCCAGCUUAUCAUUGAUAGCAUGGUUGACCUGAACAUCCGGCGCUUGGGCCACGUCACCUUCUUGCCGGAUUCCCUCAGGAAGCGAAUCAUCGGCGGCAUUUUCGAGGAAGGCGGCGUUGGAAUCGAGCUGUGUCCAACAUCUAACAUGAUCACGAAGGAAAUCAACAGCCUCACGGAUCACCACUUCCUGGACUGGUGGCGGCAGUCGCAGAAGGUGCUGCUCAGCAUCAACACUGACGAUGUAGGACUUUUCUCGUGCGAUCUCUCCUCCGAGGUGUACGACUUGGCCCAGGCGUUUUGCUUGUCCAGGGACGACCUGAUCGAUAUCCAGCGCCAAGCAAUCCAAUCUGCAUUUCAUCCAGACAAAGAGCGCUUGAGGGAUAUCUUCGAGAAGAUGAUGCUACCAAGCGAAGCUGGCGAAAAUGGGAAGCGGCAGAAGCUGGCAUGA